AUGGUCGCCCCGCAUAACUCAGGCAUCGCGACAAGGUCGUUCGUGAGGAUCUCGGGCAGCGGCCCUUGCAGCGCCGCCGGCACCGUCUAUAUGGAUUUCUCCCGCGUGUGCGGCGCGGCCGCCAUAGUGGCCGCUCGGCACCGGCCGCCGCAGGCCGUGAUGCAGGCACAGCACAGGCGCCUCAGCAACAGCAUGGACGCGGCCUUCCUCAGGAAGAUGGCGGCGAUCGAGGACUCGUUUGCCGAGAGCGCGAGAGUGGAGAUCGGCGGCUCGGAGGCCCGGCGGGCGAGGAGAGAGGUGUCCGACCUCCGCGCAGGAGCCCGAGCCGGAGGUGGUGCUUCAGCUCGACCUGCUGCAGGGGAGGGGAGGGGCGUCCCUGCCAGAAAGCGGACGUCCGCGCUGCCUGCGAGAGACCGAAGCCCUGACGGCGGCCAGCGCAAGCGCCUUCGCUCUCAUCCCAGUGAGGAAAAUGGGAAGGCGAUUGCUCCGCCUCAGGCCAAGGCGCCCAAGACGAUAUACAUCGUCGUGGGCGGCGCCGGGGCUGUUUCCCCGACGCCGAGCGAGGAGCCUGUGGGAAUGAAGGGCGACGACGCGCGGCUGAGGAUGGUCGCAGCGGGGCAACCCUUCUUGCUCAGCGCCGAAUCCCUGAGGCGGCUGAUGGACCAAACGAACCGACUCCUGCAGGAGAACCAGGCUCCUGUCGCAGAGGGUGCGGGCCUAUCAGCUUAA